AUGCUGUAUAAGCCAAGCAUCUGCACCGUCUCCCUGGGACGGAGCUCUGCUGGGCACUCUCUGGAGCACAAGCUUGACAUGGCUAGAAAAUACGGAUUUCAGGCAGUCGAGCUAUUCUUUGAAGACCUCCUAGACUUGGCAAAGUCAAUGCCCGGGGCCGACCUGAUGAACAAUCAGCUUGCAGCUGCGGCGAUGAUCCGCCAACUGUGUGAUGACCGCAAACUCUCGAUACUCUGCUUGCAGCCUUUCAUGCAUUAUGAGGGUCUGGUGGACCGAGAACUUCACCAGAAGCGGCUGGAGGAAGCCAAGUUCUGGGUUCGUUUGGCGCACGUUCUAGAAACCGACCUGAUUCUGCUCCCGAGCAGCUUCCUAUCACCCUCAGAAGUAUCGCCAUCUAUGGAUGUGAUUGUCCAAGACAUGGUCGAGAUUGCUGAAGUCGGUCUUGGAGCUUCUCCAGUCAUCAGAUUCGCCUACGAGGCUCUUUGCUGGGGCACGCGAGUUGAUACGUGGGAGAGAAGCUGGGAAAUUGUGCAGAGAGUUGACCGUCCUAAUUUUGGACUUUGCCUUGACACCUUCAACAUCGCCGGUCGAAUCUAUGCCGACCCUUCGAUAUCUUCUGGCCGAACCGAGGACUGUGACGAAGCGACUCAAGCCUCUCUGCGUGGCAUGGCUGCCUCUAUCGAUCCGGGGAAGCUCUUUCUGGUGCAAAUGGCAGACGCGGAGAAACUUGCUCAACCACUUGACAGCAACCAUCCAUUCUACCAUUCAGACCAGCCAGCCAGAAUGAGCUGGUCUCGGAACGCCAGGUUAUUCUACGGAGAGUCGCAUCACGGCGGAUAUCUCCCCAUCAAGAGGAUCAUGGAGGUCAUCGUCCGCGAUAUUGGGUAUCAGGGCUGGCUAAGCUUCGAGGUGUUUAAUAGGGUACUGUUAGAGCGUGACGAACGAAUUCCAGAGAUGAUGGCAAGGAGAGCGGCACAGUCAUGGGAGUUGAUGGAGCGGGAUCUGGCGCUCGAGCAUUCAAGCGUGCGUUACAAGGCACAAGCUCUUCUAUAA